UAUUCACAAGAUGGCUACUCGUUCAUUGGUCCCAACCUUUAUUAUGAAAACAUUCGAAAUGCUCGAAGUAAAUCUCCAGUUAAGAAUUAGGAUCAAUCCAUAUCUCAUAUUGUCUCUUGGACUGAAGAAGGAUUAAGUUUUGUAGUGAAAAGCCAAAAGCUAUUAUAAUAAUAGGUUCUACCACAAUAUUUCAAACACAGGAAUUACUCUAGUUUUCUAAGGUAAACUUCAAGAGUGAUUUUGCUAGACAAUUGAAUUUGUAUAAUUUUAAAAAGAGUAAACACUAAGACGGACAAGAGUUUAAACACAAGUGCUUUAGAAAGGGAGUUAAGUAAUACAUUCGAGUAACCUAUCAAUAGACAGAUGUUGUAAUUUAUAAAAAGAAGAAACAAUGAUGAUGGGAAUUAAGAAUCUGUUAAUCCUAAUUAACCAUGUACUUCAUAUUGUGUUACGUAGCUGCUAAAUUGAAGGAGGAGUAAAACAUCUUAAGAGUGUGCGCAUCUGAUAUCAAAGACACAAAUACAAGAUUAGACGAGGACAUGCAAAUAUUGAAAUAAAAGAGUGGUGUGCUUUUGGAAGAAAUGUGGAAUCUCAAAAAGGUUAAAACUCUCUAUAUCCUAGUUAUUGCAUAGUCAGUUCGACUAAGUGAACCACAAAUUGGAGAGGAUUGACAUCAUUAUAGGGGCAAUGUCUUAACACAAAAAAUUCAAAAGUAACUCAUUAUUAUUAUAAUCUAAGAUAUCUCCUAAUAUUUCACUACUAAAUUCUUAUAGAAUGAACUGCACACUCUGGAAACCAACUUAAAUCAACCACUCUUUGAAUCACCAAAAUAAGAAGUCGAUGAUUAGGAAUAAAUCAAGGCAUUAUUUGAGGAAUUGCAAAACCUCAGCAAACCAAUUUAAUUUGAUUGAGCAUUUUUGUUCAAUUUAUAUAGAUUUUCAUC